CUUCGAAACCUGUGCCGGAGCUAUUAUUUUUUGUCCCAUUUGCAAAACAACAUAUUUAAUACCUGAGAUUUAAUACUAGUGAACUAAAAUUUAGUUAUUUAAGUUUAGUAGGUUUAAGGCCUGAAAACACUUGGAAGUUGGAAUGAUUUUACGUGACUUAAAAUCCUGCUGGUUAUCAGCAUUACUUGGGAUAACUUUGCCAGUAGUCGCGAUGCGCUUGCUAUACUGGAAUGAGAUGCGGGCGGUGCGUUUUGGGCUUGCUUUGGAGGAAGCAUUAGAGGAUGCUGUUUCGGUUAGAGAUGAUCAUCCCUAUGACAGGGCUUACGAGAAAAGAGUAAUCCAUCUGAGAGGUUCGAUCAAUACCGGCGAGCCCCUAACUGAGCCCGAUUAUGGCCUUCAAGUUCAGGCUGUGAAACUCAAGCGCCGUGUUCAAAUGUAUCAGUGGAUAGAAUUUGUUAGCAAAUCAGAUCCAAGCUCCCAACUGGCCGAACCAUCCUAUCAAUAUUCUGUGGACUGGCAUGAUGACUUGAUCAAUUCAAGCCGCUUCGCUAAUCAAAAUUGGUACCAUAAUCCAAGUACAUUUCCUCUGGAAUCGAAAACUUUCACUUCCGAGCGAGUCUAUAUUGGCCAAUAUGAACUGAGCGAUGCGCUUAAGGAACGGUUUAAUAAUUUUAUUGAAAUAACUUCCGAUACACGACCUGAAGAUCCGUCGAUAAAGAUGCAUUCCGGAAUGUACUACCACGCUAAUGACCUUUGGAACCCUGAAAUCGGCGAUUUCCGGGUGCAGUUUUCGUGUGCAGGACGGAGAGGUUCAACCUAUACUGUUGUUGGACGGUUAAAAAACGGUAAAAUAGUUCCAUUUGAGUCGGUUUACGCGAGAGACGUUCUGCUGUUGUAUCCGGGAGAAAUACCCUUGAAGGACGUUUUAAAACUUGAAUACCAAUCGAAGCAGAUUAUCUUCUGGAGUAAACGUCUACUCGGUUGGGCUCUACUGUUUUUCACGGUCAUAUUUGCAAAUGCCACAAUGCAGCGCCUGAAGGGUCACAGUCCGUUGUUGAAAUCAAUUAUAGCCAACUCACAGCUUACGGUACCGAUCGGUUUACUAGUAUCGUUCGGUUUCAGUAUGCUAAUUGUUGGAAUAGUUUACUUCUAUUAUCGUCCCUGGCUAGGCACUGGAAUGUGUUUGUCGGCGGCAGCACUUCUCCUUUACUUGCUUUACUCGCUUUGCCAAAACGAGGAGACCUCCGUAUGUGUUCGACGAGCACAAAGAAUAUUAAAAACACAAAAAUGUAUUAAUUAAAAAAUGAUAAUUGACGGCAACAAAACUUAUUUCAUCAAGCAAGCUAGUCAAAUCAAGCAUUUAUUUUAUUUAGCAGAAGUAGAUUAUGUGUUUCGUGUUGAAGCAAGGGUAUUUAUAUUUUUACUAGCUGACCCGACAAACUUCGUAUUGCCACAAAUUAACCUGUGUUGUACAUAAAUCAUGAAU